GAGAGACAGUCUAUCUGUCCAUCUAUUUUAUUUAUAAAUUAGGGUUUAUUCGUAAAUAAAUAUCACAUUCUCUCUUCAUUCAGCCGAUAAACUCCGAUCAUCAUCAUGACCGGCAAGGCGAAGCCCAAGAAGCACACGGCGAAGGAGAUAGCCAUGAAGGUGGAUGCGGCCACCACCAACCGCGGCGGGGGCAAGGCGGGUCUGGCUGAUAGGACAGCUGUUGAGAAGGGAGGGCACGCCAAGUUCGAAUGCCCUCACUGCAAAACGAAGGCGCCUGAUAUCAAGUCUAUGCAGAUACAUCACGAUUCCCGUCACCCGAAGAUCCCCUUUGAAGAAGAAAAGCUUGUUAAUCUUCACGCCGCCUCGGUGCCGAGUACUUCGAAACCUAAGCCAGGUGUCCGAGGGAGCCUCAAGAAGUGAAAGAGAUCACGAAUAGGAUGUGGAUUGCUUAAAUUUCGUGUUGUUGGUGGUGGGUUUUUAGCUGUGAUGAUAAUGAAUGAGUGUAUAUUAUUUGAUGAUGAAGAAAAAGAUG